AGCUGUCACAAAAUGUCAAAAUAAAAUAACCAAAAUUACCAUGUGCGUUUCGGCGACACACGGUAUUUGAUCUAUAAAUAACUAAUUUAUGUGAUUAUUGUGCCAUGGAUUACGUGGUAGGCAGCGUGGCAGCCCUAAUUACCGGAAACGUGACACCAAGCAGACCUAGACUGCUGAAAAGAGCCUUAACACCCACAAAACACCAGCCUUCACCGAACGUUACUCCUAAGAGUGAAUUUGUAGAAGAUAGAUCCAUAUUUCUGUCUCCCAGUAUGCAGAAGAAGAAGGCUAUAGUCAAGAAGUCUCCCAAGAGGAUAUUCCAAAAUCCUGACCCUGAGGCGAUGGAAAAUGGUGAGGGAAAUACUAGUUUAUCUAGCCCUAAGGCAGACAAAGUUAAAAAACAUUUAAAGGAUGAUUUAGAAGCUGACACUUCUAAUCAAAGCCUGACUAAAUCACCCAAAAUCAAAGGUAAUAAAAGAGAUUCAACAACAGUUCAAGAAAUUAACACAAGUGUUACUGAACAAAAUGUAAAUGAAAGUACACCUAAGAAGAAGAAAAAGAAACAUAAUUCUGAGUCAGAUAGUACACAGAACGUAAGUACUGAACCUACUGAGCAUACAGAGGUUACACCCACAGGAAAAAGUCCAAAAAAGAACAAGCAGAGACGUAAAUCCGUAGUAGACAUAGAAGCAAAUAAAGAAAAUGACAACUCCGAAACACAAAAUGCUGAGGAAAAUCCUACAGAACAGAAAAAUACAUCUAAAAUCACAGAAACUGCCCAAACGAAUAACACUACACCUAAAAAGAAAAACAAGAAAAGAAAGAAAAAAUCAAAAGCACAAACUGCUCAAAGCACAGUAGUAGAAGCCACUGAAAAUAAAGAAACCACACCAGAGGAAACAAAUAAAGAAAAUAUACAAAAAGAAAAUCAAGAGACACCUAAAAAGAAAAAUAAGAAACGCAAGAAAUCAAAAGGACCUCAAAAUAAACCGGAAAUCAUGGAGACAGAUGAACCAGCAGUAAUUGAAAAUCGAGAAGAAAGUGAUGAUGAAGAUAUAGAAUCUACAAACAAAGUCAAUCCUAACGCAAUCACGGAUAAAGAGUCAGAUUCUGAACAUGACUCUGAUGAUGAAAUAGAAUCAGAAAAUGAAGAAAUUAACAAGAAAGUGUUAGAAGAAGAAAAAGCUGAUGCUAGCUCAGAUGAUGAGGAAGAAGAGGAAAAAGUAGAGAAAGUGGAGAAGAAAGAAGAACAGAAGGAAGAGAGUGGAGUAGAGAGAAUCACUGAGGAUGAGAUUAAGAGAACUCUCUUUGUAGGCAAUGUGCCUUUUAGUGCUAAAUGUAAGAAGGAGGUUAAGAAGAUAUUCAGCAAACAUGGACAAAUAGAAACAAUAAGGAUCCGCACAGUGCCCAUUAAAGAUGGUCGCUACACGCCGAAGCUAGCUGUCAUCAAGAAUGAGCUCCACCCUGAGAGGACAACUGUCAAUGUGUACAUUAAGUACGCUGAUGAAGCUUCCAUUGAAAAGGCGCUAUCAGAAAACAACACACUCCUCAACGAGAACCACCUCCGAGUGUCCCGCAGCAGCAGCACAGGAGCUGAGCACGACCCUCGCUGCUCCGUCUUCAUCGGCAACUUACCGUUUGCCAUGGAAGAUGAAGCAUUGAGGGAGAAGUUCGAGAAGUGUGGGGCAAUACAUUCUGUCAGGAUUAUUAGGGAUAAGAAGACUAAUGCUGGGAAAGGUUUCGGUUACGUAAACUUCGAGUCAAAAGACGGCGUCGAACUAGCACUAGCGUUAACAGAAGAAGAUUUAACUGUCAAGAACAGAAUAUUACGCGUCAAACGAUGCACACAAGUAACAAACAAAAAGAAACCGGUACAAACUGGUAACAACCAGAAUAACCAGCCACGAGGGGGUUUCAAAGGAAAUAACAACCAGUUUAACCAACAGAGAGGUGGUUUUAGAAAUAAUGAUAAUAACCAGAGAGCUGGAUUCAGAAAUAAUGAUAACCAAAACAACCAGCAGAGAGGGAAUUUCAGGCCAGGUUUUAACCGGGACAACCAGAGAGGUGAUUUCAGAUCUGGGAAUAACCAAAUGAACCAGCAAAGGAGUGGUCCUCCCAACCGUAAUAAUCAGGGUAACAGUCAAGGUAAUAGACAGAGAAAUGCAAUGGGUGGUGGAAAUAAUCAGAAUAAUCAAAGAGGAGGGUUCAAUAAGUUUGGUGCACAAAGGAACCAGUCACAGAAAGAUGAUGAGGGGCGCGAGGGAGCACACAGGAGGGUCAUGAAUAAGAGGAAGAAUGAGGAAGGAGAAGGCGGCAAUGGACCUCCAAACAAGAAACAGAAAGAUAUGACUCAACCCAGAGAAAAGAAAACCAGGAAGGAAUUCGUUGGUAUGACUGCUGAAAAGAAAAAGAAACGCAAGGUUGACAAAGGACAAAAGAAAAAGAAGGCUUUAAGCGAGAUUUUAACGAAAUAGUGUGAUGUGAUACAAUGAUUCCAACUGUAUGUAACUUAUUGUUUUAUUAUGUUCAUUAAAAUUUAAUUUUAAGACAUACAAAA